UCUACAAACUGUAGCCGACAGGGCUGUUUUCAAGCUCGCAAGGUUGCCGACAUGAGGCACGGACCCACCCAUGAUCAUACCCUCAUGAAAGGGGACGGCUGGAGCGCUUACGCCGUGAUGGAAAAACAAGGAAGCAAGACCCCUGUGGCCCAGUUGAUGAGCACUGCAACAGGGCCGUUUUGCUUCACUGCCUGGUACCACCAGUCGGGCACGCGCGACAGCCAGGCCAUGUUCUACGCGGCUGCUGCUGAAGGCGCACGCAAGCUAUUUUACACCACUCAGCGAGACAUGGCCGGCCAGUGGCAACGCGUGCGUUACUCCGAGAAGCGUGCUGCAGAAAUCGUGGUGGACGAGCUCUCUAGCUGCUUCGGUGACACAGUGGCCGUCAUUGUGGCUGUUGCCUUCGUCGUAGGGGUCCGUAUUCUGGUGGAAGUGCUCGCUGCCUGCGGCUAG